AGGGAGUGGGCUGCAAAUACUGUACAUACAUGGGCUUAGAGGUGUGUUCUGUGGAGUGACAGCCGGCUCCUCCAGUAACGCAGCGGAUGGGAUGCAAGCAUCGGUAUCCCCAUAUUGUGCUUGAGAAGAGGAGCAGCUCUGGGCUCUGUGCAUUCUCCUCUUUAAGCAGCAGCAGCACCAGCACCACCGAGAAGAGCCCAGCAGCUAAGCCGUUACAAGAACGGAGGCGGGCGGCUGCUACCCUUUAAAAUAAAACCAGUGCUCGGUCCUGAUUUCGGUAGCAGUACUAGAGCUUUGCAUGCAUGCAUGCAUGCAGUGACCCGUACACCCAGCGGCGGGCGAUGCUAUGUUCCACUGCUGCAGUGUGAGUCGAGGACGAUCUGGGAGAAUAAGUUUGCGUGGCUCCCGCACCGGACACCUGGCAGCUGCCUCCGAAUGACCCCGGCACGACGGUGAGAUGCUGCUGCCGGCCGCUGGGGAGGGCAGACGCUGCUGCUGGGCUGUGCGAUGCGGUGCCGCGGCAUGGGCUCCGGGGAAGCGGCCCCCAACCUGAUCCCAGAACUUUGCUGAUCGCCCUGAACGCUGCAGCCGCUGGGUCCCGCUCUCUGGCUAGUCCGCACUGUGCUGCUACGACCAACGAUGAAGGUGUUCCGCAGGAAGGCGCUGCUGCUGUGCCUGGGCUACGUGCUGCUGCUGGUGCUCACCAUGCUCAACCUCCUGGACAAGUGGCACAAGGAGCCGCAGCAGUGCAGCGAGCAGGGGCGCUACACCCCGUACCAGGCGCGCCCGGACCUCCGCUACCUCUAUCGGCCCUCUCCCCCUCGUAAACGGCAGCUUGUCUACGUCUUUACCACCUGGAGGUCCGGCUCCUCUUUCUUCGGGGAGCUCUUCAACCAGAACCCGGACGUCUUCUUCCUGUACGAGCCGGUGUGGCACGUGUGGCAGAAGCUGUACCCGGGAGAUGCCAUGGCUCUCCAGGGGGCCGCCCGGGACCUCAUCAGCGCCCUCUACCGGUGCGACCUGUCUGCCCUGCAGCUCUACAACACGGCCGGGGCUAAGAACAUCAGCACAUUGGGCAUCUUCGGCGCCUCCACCAACAAGGUCAUCUGCUCCUCCCCCCUGUGUUCGGCCUACAAGAAGGAGGUGGUGGGGCUGGUGGACGACAAGGUCUGCAAGAAGUGCCCCCCGCAGAGCCUGACUCUCCUGGAGGAAGAGUGCCACAAGUACAACACCAUAGUCAUUAAGGGGGUGAGGAUCUUUGACAUCAGAGUGCUGGCCCCACUGAUGGUGGACCCAUCCCUGGACCUGAAGGUCAUUCAUUUGGUCAGGGAUCCCAGAGCAGUGGCCAACUCCCGGAUUAAGUCUAGGCAUGGCCUGAUCCGAGAGAGUCUACAGGUGGUUCGCAGUCGGGACCCCCGGAUACGCAGAGUUCCCUUUAUAGACCCUGGGCACAAACUAAAUAAAAAAGAUGGUUCCGAUUACCAUGCUAUAGGUGCCAUGGAGGUAAUAUGCAGCAGCAUGGGCAAGACCUUGAGGACUGCUCUCAACCCACCCAACUGGCUGAAAGGUAAUUACAUGGUAGUCAGGUAUGAGGACUUGGUGGUGGAUCCCAUUAAGACCCUGAGGCAGGUGUAUGGGUUUGUGAACCUUUCAGUGAGUCCUGAGAUAGAGAAGUUCUCACUGAACAUGACUAGUGGCUCAGGCUACUCCUCUAAACCCUUUGUGGUGUCUGCCCGCAACGCCACCCAGGCUGUUAGUGCUUGGAGGACAUUACUGACUUUCCUGCAGAUAAAGCAGGUAGAAGAGUACUGCCAGGUCCCAAUGGAACUCUUAGGUUACCAAACAGUGGGAAGUCAAGAAGAAGUAAGAGACCUUAGCAAGACACUGCUUAAGAAGCCUAUGUUGUGAGGACAAUCUCUUGGGCUGUUUGACCUGUUGCCUGCAAAACUAAACUUCUUCAACUACUGUACCAAAUUUCUCCAAGUGUUACUCUGGAUUGUAUCAUUCUGGUAAACCCAUCUGUCCUCUUCCCUAGUUAAUAUGAGCUGCCAGCUUACCCAUGCAAAGCAUAAAAUAUCUGGGGGCAAUUUGAGGUACUUAUGCUUGCUUUCUAGUUAACUUAUUCUGAGACACUAUGACAGGUCAUGUUGAGGAUAACCAUACUGCAGGGCAGGUGAUUCAAUCAUUGGCUUAGUAUUCUCACCAGAUGGCCAGUAAGAUUUAUCCUUUUAGUGGGCCUUAAGGACUGUCGGUGAAUUAUUUUGUUUGGGACCCAUAUCCUGGCUAUUUGUGAUGAUUAGUUUGUGGCAGCCAAACAUUUUGCACUAUUUCAACUAGCUGAAGAGAAAUUGAAGUGACUGUCUGCAAUGUUGCAUUGAUAAACGUAAUCAUGUUUAUACUGUUUCACAUUGUUUAUAUAGCAUUGGCUAUAGCUAUUUUGUUAAAAUGUUGACAAACAUGACUGGAUAAAAGUGAAGCCUUCACACUUCCCAUGGCAUGCUUAUUGCAAUGGCCCAUUAAUACUGUACAGAGUACCCAUUGGGAUAAAUGGUAAAUGUUACAAGUGCUGUUAAUAAAAACCAAAAUAAUAAUU